AUGACCUCGCCCUCAGAACCUCGUCGACCGGUCAGAGUCGCCAAUUGUUCCGGCUAUCAUGGCGAUCCCGCAUACGAGAUGUAUCGCCAAGCCACGCGCGGCCAAGUCGAUUUCAUCACCGGCGACUAUCUAGCAGGUACUUUUGUCGGCCCCCAGUUUCUAGUCCAGCCUCAGACUAACCCCAAUGAAGAGGUCAAUAUGGCCAAUAACGCACAAGCAUUCCAGCAAGGUUUGCACCCAGGCUAUGAAGAAACCGCUUGGGAAGGCAUCCAGCAAACAAUCGACGUCAUCGCUGACAAGGGUAUCAAAGUCGUGAUCAACGGAGGCGCUCUGAAUCCCAAGGGUCUGGCCUUGAAAGUCGAUGAUCUGGCCCGCCAGAAAGGUCUGUCGCUGCGAGUCGCAUACUUGGCAGGCGAUGAUCUGUACCCGAAGUUUGGUCCCGAUAUGCCGGUUUCUGCGGCUGAGCUGCAGCAUCUGGAUGCGGGGAAUGGAUUGGUUAAACCCGGCCCCUUGACUUAUGCUUUUGCGACUGGUAAGACUGUGCCUAUGGUCUCGGCGCAUGCAUACCUCGGUGCUCGUGGUAUUGUCGAUGGGUUACGUCGCGGCGCGGAUAUCAUUAUCUGUGGCCGGGUCGCGGAUGCAAGUCCCGUUAUUGCGGCGGCGUGGUUUUGGCAUUCGUGGGGAGAGGGUGACUAUGACCGGUUGGCGGGUUCGCUUAUCGCGGGCCAUUUGAUUGAAUGCUCGGCGUAUGUGACUGGUGGGAAUUUCGCUGGGUUUGAUCGCUGCCCGAUCGACGCGCUGGUUGAGCCUGGGUUUCCAAUUGCUGAGAUCGAGGCUGAUGGCUCGUGUGUUAUUACGAAGCAUGAGGGGACUGGGGGAUUGGUUGAUGUCGAUACUGUCCGGUGUCAGUUUCUAUACGAGCUGCAAGGGAAUGUGUACCUGAAUAGCGAUGUCAGUGCCAUUCUGGAUGAUGUGGUUGUUGAGCAGGUGGGCAAGGAUCGGGUCCGAGUUCACGGGAUUCGAGGAUACGCUCCUCCGCCAACCACCAAGCUGGCGGUCUUCUACCCCGGUGGCUUUGAGUCUCAGCUUCUGUUGAAUGCAACUGGGUAUGCAACUAGUCAGAAGUGGGAUCUGAUUGAGAAGCAACUUCGGCAUUUCAUUCCCGACGAGGCAUUGGCCCGUAUCGAUACUCUCGAGUUCCAAAGAAUUGGUGUUCCUGCCGCAAAUCCCAUUUCACAACAGCAAAGCACUUCCUAUCUCCGAAUAUACGUCGCUGCAUCCGAGGCCGAUGCUGUUUUGGCCGUCGCACGCGCUAUGCGAGAUGUCUCCCUGAAGCACUUCUCAGGAUUCCACUCUUCUCUUGACAUGCGCACAGCAGUCCCACGGCCCAUCCUCGCAUACUAUCCGGCUCUCGUGAAACAAGAAGACCUCAACGAGGAAAUAAAUUUCAUCGACGGUCCUGAUUCCAUCAUUUCAUUCCCAACCGGUCAUCCGACAAGAUACGAGCCGCUUCAACCACGCGAAAGUUACGACUACAAUUCCCCAGAGCAAGGCUCUUUGCAUUCUACUACAAAAUCGAUCCGACUCGGAGAUAUCGCUCUAGCACGCUCUGGCGACAAAGGUGCAAAUCUCAACUUUGGGUUAUUCGUAAACAAUCCCAAGCACUGGUCGUGGUUGCGGGCUUAUAUGAGUCGUCAGCGGGUCCGCGAUAUGAUGGUUAAUGAUGAUGAUUGGGAUGAAUCGUUUUUGGUGGAGAGGGUGGAAUUCCCUCAUAUUCAUGCCGUGCACUUUGUUAUUUAUGGAAUUCUUGGGCGGGGCGUCAGUAGUUCUAGUCGAUUGGAUGGGUUUGGCAAGGGGUUUGCAGAUUAUUUACGGGACAAGCUUGUUGAAGUCCCAGUCGAAAUUCUCUGA